CCGCACUAAGGCUCAGAGAGAGCUCUGGUUACCUGCUGCAAUGUGAGCAGCGUUUCUGUCCUGUUUGUGUGUCGAGCAAAGAGGUGAAGUGCAGAGUUUAUUUGCUGAGACUGAGGAGCAAACUCAUGGCAGGUUAGAAAAAUGUAGAGAGAGGAGGGGAUGGGAGGUAAAAGCUACAAAAGGGGCUUCAGAGUGGUGAUUGUUUCAGCGGUGGUGCUCAUGUUGGGAGGAAAAAGGGCAGGAAUCACCCAGCGUCUUCUGCAUACCGCCGAUGUGAAUCCAGGACUGUUCGGGAUGUUCUGAUGAAGAGGGAUCCGGAGGAAGGUGAAGGAGAUCCAAGGUGUUUGAUGGCAUUGAUCCAACGCAAAGGUCGGAGUAAAAAAGGAUGCAGCUUGGAGCCAAACAGUCCUGUGAGAAAUUAGUCUGCAAAGGACGGAAACCAGACCGAGGAGAGAUCAAGGCUGACGCAAACUGAUUAAGGCACACCAUUAGCGGCAGUGAAGUCCAGCUAACGGGCAAGAUAACAGAAAGCAAGAGUCAGCAAGAGAAGAAGAAGUUGAGAGAAUUACAAGAGGACGCCUGGUGAAAGAAGCCUCUUAAAUCUGCGAGCUGGAAUUAGAGCUGUAGGAACUGCAGAGAGAAGCCACAAAACCACAGUGAAGAUGCCCGUCAAUGGAAAUCACCCACUCAAGUUGCAGUUUGGUCUGAUCAACCAUGAGGGUCGAUACCUCACCGCAGAGGCCUUUGGUUUCAAGUUAAACGCAUCAGCGCCCAGCCUAAAGAAGAAGCAGAUAUGGACGCUAGAGCAGGACCUCCAAGAUACCCAGGUGGUGUACCUACGCAGUCACUUGGGACGUUACCUGGCCUCAGACAAGGAUGGCAAAGUCUCCUGCGAGGCUGACGGCCAAAAUUCAGACUGCCGAUUCCUCAUCGUGCCUCAGUCAGAUGGUCGCUGGGCCUUGCAGUCUGAGCAGUACCUCCGCUUCUUCGGCGGAUCUCGGGAUUACCUGUCCUGCUUUGCUCAGGCAAUCACUGAUGCUGAACUGUGGGCAAUGCACCUGGCUCUGCAUCCGCAGGCCAACCUGCUGUCCGUGGCCCGCAAGCGCUACGCCCGCCUCUCCAUGGAAGAUGGAGAAAUUGCUGUGGAUCUGAACAUUCCCUGGGGAGUGGGAGCCCUUCUGACCAUCGUCUACGUGGAUGGGAGGUACUGCCUAAAGACCAGCGACAGCCGCUUCCUCAGCAACGACGGAAAGCUGCUGACACAGACGGAGAGGACCACGCAAUACACGUUGGAGUUGAAGUGUGGAAAACUAGCCUUCAAAGAUUGCGAGGGGAAGUACCUGUCUCCCAUGGGACCAACAGGAACCCUGAGAUCUGGGAGGUGCUCCAAACCAGGCAAGGAUGAGCUGUUUGACUUGGUGGAGAGCCACCCUCAAGUGGUUCUGAUUGCAGCCAACGGCCGCUAUGUCUCCAUACGACAAGGCGUGAGUCUUGCCGCCAAUCAGGAAGAUGAGACCGACAUGGAGACAUUUCAGAUGGAGAUCGACAAAGACACCAAGAAGUGCACAUUUCGCUCCAGCCUGGGGAAUUACUGGGCUCUGGUGGCUCACGGCGACAUCCAGAGUAACGCUACAGAAGUAUCAGCAAACACAAUGUUUUCACUGGAGUGGUUUGGCCACAAGGUGGCACUAAAAGCCAGCAAUGGAAAAUACAUCUGCACCAAGAAGAAUGGCCAGUUGCUUGCAGUCAGUGACUCCAUUGGUAAACUUUUCUGCUUGGCCUCUUCUUUCCAGACUCCCCUGCCUGCUCUAUGGUUGUUUACAGUGUUGUUGUUGUUGCUGUUGUUGUCCUUCCCAGGUGAAGAUGAGCAGCUCACCUUGAAGCUCAUCAACAGACCGAUGCUGAUACUCAGAGGAGAGAAUGGAUUCAUCUGCCACCACAAGAGCUCCAACACGUUAGAUGCCAGCAGAUCCGUCUACGACAUUUUUACACUUCAGUUCAGCAACGGGUCCUACCAUAUCAAAGGCGUCGACGGCCGGUUCUGGUAUGUGAACAGCGCCGGGUUGGUGUGUUCAGACGGUGAGGUCCCAGAGGAUUUCACCUUGGAGCUCCUGGAACAUGGCCGCCUUGCUAUUCGGGGCAGAAAUGGUAGAUACCUGCGUGGAGACCAGGGAGGGACCCUCAAAGGAGAUGGACUUGGUGUGAGCAGCUCUGCCCUGUGGGAAUAUUAAAACAAACCCAUCAUUUCCACCUUAACCUGCCUUAAUCUGCCACAAAUUGACCCUUUAGAACUCAUAAAUGCUUUAAUGCUACUUUUAAUUGUAAUAAAAAAUAGAGUUUGGCGUUUAUCUUUGAUCUUUCUCCCCCCCCCCCCUAAGAUGUAUUAGGCGCAUUCAUGAGGGAAAGCAACAAAAGUGUGUAAACUCCUACCUUUACCUUCAUGUAAUCUCUGGUAUGGCAUAAAAAAACUUCAAACCUUUUGGUGUCUUUACGUUUUUUUCAGCACUUUUUGCAGGAAUCAAACACUUCAGACUAACAAUGCAAAGUAUAUAAGAGCGGAAAAGUCAAACAGGAGUUGGUUUAAAUAUGUUUAUGUCAAUGUAAAUUGUGUUCAUUUUAUUGAAGAGAUAAGUAGAUAAGUUUAUUUCU